AUGAGGCGGGGCCUGGGCCGUUGUGCGGCCGCCCCGCUUCCGGGGGGCGGGGGAGCCAUGGCGCUUCCCUGGCUGCAGCGCGUCGAGCUCGUGCUGUUCGCCGCCGCCUUCCUGUGCGGGGCCCUGGCGGCCGCGACGCUGACCCGGACCCAGGGCUCCUUCAGCGGCCGCUGUCCCCUGUACGGCGUGGCGGCCUUGAACCGCUCCUCCCUGGCCCUAGCCAGCGGCUCAGCCCCCUCCCUCUGCUACUUCGUGGCGGGGGCCUCUGGCCUCCUGGCCCUCUACUGUCUCCUGCUUCUGCUCUUCUGGGUCUACAGCAGCUGCAUCGAGGACACCCAAAGAGGCCGCAUAGGGCUCCGCAUUGCCCUGGCCAUCUCGGCUAUAGCCAUCUUCCUGGUCUUGGUGUCGGCCUGUGUCCUUCGGUUUGGCACCAGUUCUCUCUGCAACUCCAUCACCUCUCUGAACAGGACAAUUAGCUGCUCUGAAGCCCAGAAAAUUCCAUGGACACCCCCUGGGACCGCUCUGCAUUUUUACUCCAACCUACACAAUGCUGAAAAUUCUUCUUGGGUCCAUCUGGUAUUGUGGUGUGUGGUCCUGGUGCUCCAGGUCGUGCAGUUGAAGUCUGAAGCCACCCCAUACCGGCUUCUGGAGAGGGGGGACCCUGAAUGGAGCUCUGAAACAGAUGUCCUAGUUGGGCCACGCCUUUCCCAUCCCUGA